AUGAUGUUUUUCCUCCCCUUAGAAAUCACACCUGAAGGUCAUAAAGAUUCUCCUACUCAAGAAGCUCCACAUGAUAAUGACAAGAGAAAAGAUGAUAUUCAUCACAAGUCUGAAAGUUCCACCUCAACUACCAGUUCCUCUGACGAAAAUAUUGCACGUCCAUUUGAAUUGUUGGAACUCCAAGAUAACGUUAAACUCCAACUUCGACAAGAUCAGCUUAUCUCACUUCAUCUAAGUCACACUCUUGAAGAUUGUGAAGCACAUUAUAAGGAAAACAUGGAUUAUCACAUCUCCACAAUCACUACUAUGCUCAAAAAGUUGGAGAAUGAAAUUCAUCACAAAGAUGCCAUGAAGAUGGUUAUGCAAGAAGUGUUUAUCAAGGUCAUUCAUGCAGCUCAACAUCACCUAGAUGUUCCAAACUACAAGUUCGAUGAAAUGCUUCACAUCAUUGAUGAAACCUUUAAUCACCUCAAAGCUCAAGCUCCUACUGCCGAAGCCUAG